GUAGCGCCACGACACUAGUACCAUCUACCGUUCCGACAAUGAAGUAUCGCAAUUUUUGACAAUCAAUGAUACUAAACGCGUACUUGUAUUAAAAUAAUUCUUGUGCUCGUGCAUAAACAUCGGCCGGUUCCGAACACGAACACACCGAAGCUACCGAAGUAAGGUUUUUGAGGUUAUGUUGUAGCAGUGUUUUUCGAAUAGUUUCAAAAACGAUUUAAAAAAAAUGGGUUUAAAAGACGAGAAAAAACGGUCGAAAUCGAAGAAAAAACAUGAGUCCUCAUCAUCGUCAUCAUCGGGCUCGUCGUCUUCUUCCUCUGACUCGUCUUCGUCUUCGUCGUCAUCGUCAUCUUCGUCUUCUUCAGAGAGUAGCCCUGAAAUUGCCAAACGAAUGACACCUCCUCGCAGAGCAGACACAACUAAAUACGACACACGAGGUCAUACUCCAGAAUUACAGAGCACCAGAACUUACGACGACUUUGAUGUGCCAAGUAGAGAUUAUGAUCCCAACACCGAUAGAAAACAUGAGUUGAAAGUGAGUACUGAUGAUAAGAAAUCAAAACUCCUGGAAGAGCAAAAAAUUUCGGAGUCAAGGAAAAAGAAUAACGAUCGAAAAGACAAAGAAGAGACAAAAAGUAGAAAUGUUAGGGAACCAAAAAAGAACCCUGAAGAUUCAAGGCCUGAAAAUUUAUUUGAAGACAGAAAAACAGAGACUAAAAAGAGUGAAGAUAGAAAACAGGAUUCUCACAGAAAAGACAAAGAGGAAAAAAUUGAAUAUUCAAGAAGACAUAAGGAGAAUAACGAAAAAUAUAAUGAAAUUGUAAAAAAUAAUGAUUACAAAUCUGUAGAAUGGAAGAAAAAAGAGGAAAGAAGAGACCAAGAUAAUCACAGAAAAGAUGAAGAAGUAGAAAAUAAAAAGAGUCUUAAAACUCUUUGCCAGCGGAGUUCAAAUGAGGAAAGUGAACGCAGGGAACAGACAGGAAGCAAUGAGGAGAAAAACUCUCAUCAAAAAAGAAAGUCUGACAAGAAAGAAGACUUCAAUAAUGACUCUGGUAAUAAAUCAGAGAGAGCAAAACGUAGAAGAUACAGUGGAGAAGACAAAGACGAUUCCAAAGUUGAUAGAGUCUGCAAUGAUCUGGAAAAAAUUGAUCGCUUUAGACGUUAUAAUGACAAAGAUCAAAAGCACAUUGAGGAAAGGAGAAAUAAUGGUGAUCGGAAGAAUGAGAAUAAAAGGAACAACGACGAUAGGAAGAAUGAGGAUAAGAGGAACAACGACGAUAGGAAGAAUGAGGAUAAGAGGAACAAUGACGAUAGAAAAUACAGUGAUGAAAGAGGGCUUGAAAGGACAAUGGAAAGAAGUGACGAAUAUUACAGGAACAGAGGCUGGAGUGGAAACAACAGAGAACGUGACCAUCAUAGAAGGAGUCCGAGAAUCGAUUCGGAUGGCAGAGGGAGUCGUCGAAUGGACGAUCGUUAUUCCUCGAGACGAAGCGAAUACAACGACGGUAAUCAAACGAUGAUGCGUCGUUAUUGGGACAAUGAGCCAAGGGAUUUUGAUAACAGGCGCAAACGCGACCACGAAUCCGACGACGAAUUUAUUAUAGGCGAGCGAUUCUACGGCGACAACAAUAGCAAACGAAAUAGAAAAAACGAAGACACCCCCUCGAAAGACGAUAAGAAAAACGCGACUGAGGAAACACCGGCGGAUCCAGAAAAAAUACCUCAAUCCCAAAAACGUACCGUCGAUCUUUUGACCUCCAAAACUGGAGGAGCUUACAUUCCUCCUGCUAAAUUACGCAUGAUGCAGGCUGAUAUAACCGACAAAUCCGGUGCUGCUUAUCAAAGAAUUGCUUGGGAAGCUUUGAAGAAAUCCAUUCAUGGACACAUUAACAAAGUGAAUACGAGCAACAUCGGUUUAAUUACGAGAGAAUUGUUGAGGGAAAAUAUUGUCAGAGGGAGAGGAUUGCUGGCCAGAUCGAUUAUUCAAGCACAAGCCGCCAGUCCUACUUUCACACCUGUUUACGCUGCCCUCACUGCUAUCGUUAACUCCAAGUUUCCCAAUAUCGGAGAAUUGUUACUGAAAAGGCUGGUGAUACAAUUCCGUAGAGGAUUUCGUCGCAACAACAAGAAACUGUGUAUUUCAUCCGGAACCUUCAUAGCGCAUUUGGUGAAUCAACGCGUAGCUCAUGAAAUACUAGCACUAGAAUUUUUGACGUUGUUGGUCGAGACACCGACGGACGACUCGAUCGAGGUCGCGAUAUCUUUUCUCAAGGAAUGUGGCAUGAAACUCACGGAGAUGUCGAGGAAAGGGAUUGAGGCGAUUUUCGAGAUGCUUAGGAACAUACUUCACGAAGGACAACUGGACAAACGUGUACAGUACAUGAUCGAGGUGAUGUUCCAAAUUCGUAAGGAUGGUUUCAAGGACCAUCCAGCUGUGAGUGAAGAACUUGAUCUCGUCGAGGAAGACCAACAAUACACGCAUCUCAUAAUGUUGGACGAGACGAUGGAUUCUCAGGACAUUUUGAACGUUUUUAAAUUCGAUCCAGAAUACGUUGCCAAUGAAGAAAAAUACAAACAACUGAGCAAAGAAAUAUUGGACACCGAUAAUAGUGGAACAGAAAGCGAAGGCGACGACGAAGACGCUGAUAGCUCGGGCGAGGAAAGCAGCGACGAAGAAACCGAAGCUAAAGAAGGUGUUAUUGUCGAUAACACCGAAACGAAUCUGACCGCACUUCGGAGAACAAUUUAUCUCACGAUUCACUCGUCCCUCGAUUUCGAGGAAUGUGCUCACAAAUUGAUGAAAAUGCAGCUCAAACCCGGACAAGAGAUUGAACUUUGUCACAUGUUCCUCGACUGCUGUGCGGAAAUGAGGACCUACGAAAAAUUCUUCGGAUUACUCGCUGGCCGUUUCUGUGCCAUCAACAAAAUUUAUGUCACACCGUUUGAGCAAAUCUUCAGAGACUCGUACGACACGAUUCAUCGUUUGGACACCAACAAGUUAAGGAACGUGUCAAAAUUCUUUGCACAUUUACUGUUCACCGAUUCGAUUUCGUGGGAAGUUCUUAGUUGCAUCAAACUGAACGAAGAAGAUACGACGAGCUCAAGUAGAAUUUUCAUAAAGAUUCUCUUCCAAGAACUUUCCGAGUAUAUGGGUUUAUCGAAGCUGAAUCAACGAGUUAAAGAUGUGACUUUACAAGAGGCUUUUGACGGUUUAUUCCCACGCGAUGAUCCCAAAAACACGAGAUUCGCGAUCAACUUUUUCACAUCCAUCGGAUUGGGUGGACUCACGGACGAUUUGCGCGAGCAUUUAAAAUCGAGGCCAAAACCCGCCGUGGUUUCGCCAGUGAUAAAAGAGACCAUUGAGUCAUCGUCCUCGAGCUCCAGUUCGUCAGAUUCUUCAUCGUCGUCCUCUAGCUCCGAAUCGUCGUCCGAUAGUUCUGAUUCGUCAUCUUCGGAUGAAGAUAGAAGGAAGAAAAAGAAAAAGAAGAAGCUCGCAAAAACUUCGACGAAAGCAAAGCCGGACAAGCGGAAAUCUCGAUCGGAAAGAAAUUCUAGCAGCGAGAGAAGCCACGGGAAAGGUCGAAAGGAUAGGAAAGAGUCGAAAGAUUCGAGGAGUAGAAGUAGCAAAAAAUCCGAAAGAAGAAAAUAGGAGAGAAAAUUGACAAUGUAAGAAUAACGCACCAUCGAGAUAAAGUAAUUUUCUCUAGCUAUACUUAAUCGAUCAUUCAUGAAUGAAGAUGUUAACUUUAUUUUUCUAUGUAAGUACACAGAGCAUCACGAAUCCUUGAGAUUAUUUGAAUUCGAUCUGUGCAAAGAAUAAAGGACACAAGUAACGAAUGUACAUUAGGCGAAGGUUACGAUAUUUUAUUUUUAAAUUACCACGACGUACGUUUUUUCGUUAUUUGGAUUUUAGUUGAUAAUUCACACCCACAUCGAAAUACGAAAUCUCUUUGACAUUUGCAUCCUUGAGAUGCAAGUCUUUUUUGCUCAUUUACAAUGUUAAAAAUAAAACGAAACGUUUUUCGCUGAAUCAUUGUUGAAUUCUUUUAGAAAGAAGCAGUUAGAACUUUGCCACAUCGGUAGCUUCGAAAUCGACACUGGCGAAGAAAAAUUUCGUUGCAUUAUCGCAAUUUAAGUUUAACUGGUAUCAAGUAAAAAACUGAGAAUUCAUUUUUAUCAAGCACACAAUCGAAGAACGUAUACUUACAAAAUUUCAUAACGAUUAGUCUUUACGUAUUUUAAAUAAUGGAUUUUCACCAUUGUCCACAUCGUUAGAAUAAUGUGAAACGAAAAAAACGACCGUUCAAUAAUAGCGAAUAAAAAAAUAAAAUUUGGUUCAUAGCA